CAAGUUUCUCCCCUUUGCUAAUCAGCGUCAGCUUCUCUCUUUUAGUAGGAAGUAGCAACUGAUCUGUCCUGUAGAUUCUCGCAUCGCUAGGAAGGGGGCUGUUUGGAUUCUUCGCUACUUGGAAGGAAUCCAGGAUGGAAGCUGCAUUAUGUAACAAUUCGGAGGAACCUCCCACUUCUGCCGUCCUGCUAGACUGCCGAGCCUUCAAUCAGGUCAUCUUCACAGACAUAGACAAAUACUAUGUCCCUGGAGCAGAUAUAACUUGCCAUUACAACAUUUCUCGGCACAUCACCCCACGCCGGAAGGACUGGGUGGGCAUAUUCAGGGUGGGGUGGAAGACCGCUCGCGAAUACUUCACGUUUGUGUGGGCGCCUUUGCCAAGGAACCCCGACAGCAGCGACGACGAACUUCAGGAGGUGCUCUUUAAAGCCUACUACCUGCCAAAGGACGAUGAAUAUUACCAGUUUUGUUAUGUGGACCAGGAUGGCCUCGUCCGUGGAGCCAGCGUCCCCUUCCAGUUCCGUGCAGAGACCGAGGAUGACAUGUUGGUGGUUACCACGCAGGGAGAAGUGGAGGAGAUCGAGCAGCAAAACACAACUUUGCUUCAGGAAAACCAGAAACUGAAGGAAAACCUUAAAAGCCUUCAGAACCAGAAUGAGGACCUGCAGGAGAAACUCAAGGCAGCAGAGGAAAAAGCAAAGGAGCUUGAAGAUAAAGUCCAUUUGUUGCAGACUGGGACCAUGGAGCUCCAGAGAGCUCAGGAUCUGCAGGCUUUACAGAUGGCCUCUGGUCAGACGGAGUUGGCGGCAGUUACAGAAAACAGUAUCAAACUCCAAAAGGAAAAGGAGGAUCUGCAGAGGAACUUGGAUACUUUAAGGAGCAGCAAGGAGAAUCUCGAGGUAGAAGUGAAUAUUCUCAAACAGAAGUUUGCAGCUCUGGAAACGCAGAACAGCUCCACCGACGAAGAACUGUUCCAAACCAAAGAAGAGAACAAAAAGGUGUUGGCUGAAAAGGAGCAGCUGGAAAAGAAGCUAAGAAACACCCUGAAUUGUGUGGAUCAACUUCAGUCCCAAGUGCAGAGUCAACAGAACAAAGUGGAAGACCUGCAAGGGGCAGUUCAAGACACAGCAAGGCACCUGGAGCAGCUGAAGGAGGAGAAUUAUCAAUUAAAUGCCACCUUGCUUAGACAGCAAAAUUUGGAGAAGAAACUGGAAGAGGAAGUUCUUUCACAUCAGACCCUGCAGAAGGAAAUGAAUGAAAUGGAAAAGGAGAACAAGAGAUUAAGGCGGGAGAAUGAGGAACUGAUGGUGCACCUUCCUGAAAUUCUGGAUCAUCCACCUGGGGUCCUAACCCAGUCACCAGAAAACUCAGUCCUGGUGUAUGGGAAUCCCUAUACUGUAAACCCAGCAAUUCCUGAGACAGAGUUGGUCUCCGUGAGAAAAUGUCCCAUGUGCGACGAAGUCUUCCCUAAUGACAUCGGGGAGCAGCAGUAUUCAGAUCAUGUACGGAGCCACCUUCUGGAGUGUCCGUAUUGCGACGAGAGCUUUGACAACUCCAAUAAGCAAGUGUAUGAUGACCAUGUCUACUGCCACGGCUUAGAUUAAAUUUCGGUCUACUUGCAUAAGCUACAAAGGGAUAGUGCCUCUUUAUCUUACCCCCCCCCUUUCAAUGUUAUGACAGAGACUGGCAUGGAAGGAUUUCUGUGCUGCUGUUAGACUCGCCAUGUCAGGGGAAAACCUGUUGCUGGGACUACAGCAUUGUUCAUUUCCUUCCGUCUGUUAUGCACACCUCUUAAAUGCUAAAUGCACUAUGCUUCCGCUAUGGAAAAGGACACAUAUUUCUUGACUAAGUACAUCUUUCAACAGAUUAAAGCUCGUUACAAGUUAUUUCAAAGGGAUGAGCAUUUUAUUAAAAUGAAUGGUGAUUUUCUUCCUAUAUGUUUGCAACUGACAGAAACCCCUACAGCAGAAGAGAUUUGUUUCGUUAACAAUAGUUUGUCUAGCUGUCUAAACUAUAGAAAUUCCACCUUCGCUUGCUUUGUGUCCUGUUCUCGGUAAAGGAAGUAGAUAAUUGUGAAACACCCCAGAAGUGUAGUAGCAUCCUUACCUGCUUUCAAGCUGUUUUGGACAAAGAUAAGAAGAGAAGAAAGUUUAUGUGCUUGCCAGUAUUGCAUCUUGGGUAAAUUGCUUCUGAAUGGUGGCGUUCAGGGGGGGAAAGCAGAGAGCUCAAACUUGGUUUCAACUAAAAUACUAGUGUCCAGAAUGCCUUUGUGAUUGAACAGGAGCAUGAUGCACGAGUGAAAAUUAAGUCAAAAUGUCUCGCACCAUCAAAAAGCCACUUUACAGAUACUGUUGCUCUGGUCAACAGCUAGCUUUCCAAGGAGUGGAAGCAUUUUGAGAAAUGAAAGAGGGUUGGCUGGUGGGCCAUAAUUUCAUAACUCCCCACGCCAUUCCCCAAAGUGACCGUGCCAGCAAGUUUAGUAGCCACAGGAUUACUUUCUCCAGGCAUCUUUUGCUUCCAGGCAGGCAACUGGGAAAAGAGUGGUCGCUUGGCAUCCGUGAACGGAAUCGGACUCACCAUGCUGGAUAGAGUGGGGGGGGUUGUUCUCCCAUUGCUGACCAUUACGCUAUAGGCAGAACUCGCCAGAAAGCUGUUCUCUGUGCAGCCCCACUGAAAUGAAUGGGAGCAGUUUAAGAACAGUGCAUCUUACACAGGUCAUCCGCGGUAAACUCUGUUCAAAACAGUGGUGGCAUGAGGGGGAAAAAUAUUGGGAUAGAAGUAGGCCGAAGAGGCCUAGUGGAUUCUGUGGUGGCAAGCUUUGUGUGAUGUUUUAUGUUUAGGACUUACCCUAAAUCAUUCACAUUUUGCGGCACGACUGCUGUCAAAAACAUUUACUCAGAAAUGAGCCCCACUGAUUUCAGUGAGCCUUACUUCCAAGUAAAUAGGAGGGCAGUCUCAAAGACUCUGGUGCCACACCUACCUCUGAGCCCACCCAACAAAUCUGACUGGAGUCUGUGCGUGUCCUUAUAGCGGGUAUAAAGAACCCGUGGGCACCAGAACAGCCAUCAGGUAAACAUUAGGAGAUGAAACUCUCCUAAUUCAGAAUAUGUGAUAUGUAGGCUACUUUGUCUCUUCCACAUUCACUUGUCUUUGGGUUGUUUUGCCAGACUGUGAGGCAAUGGCUACUUUCCGGGCUGCUUCGAAAGCCUCCUGUCUCUUUAGCCCAUGGAAUGCCUUGAAACGGUUCUGUUCUAAGAAUUUCUUCUUUAAUCCUCUUAUUUAUCUACCGCCUCCAAAUGGUAACUCAGGAAUCAAAGUGACAACAUUAAAAACAAAACAAAAACCCACAUUUUAAUAGAAGAGAAUCUUCAUGAUUUCAUUGCUGUUUGGGAAUUUGCAAGGCUCGAUGCAAAACUUGGAUUCUCUGAUUUUUUUUAAACAAGCCACCUUCAACUUAUAUUCCUGCUGAUUAUGUAUGUAGAAUACUUGUUCAAAAGAAUCUUUGUAAUUUUGAUGUAGAUGUGUUCUCCUAUGCAAGACCAAAAGCUGUAACAUGGUUAAUUGCCUACUAUGUAUUGAUUACUGAUAGACCUCUAAUGUUGUUGGGGGAAAUCCAUUUUGCGUUUUAAUAGCGUUCUGCUUUCAACUACUUUUGAUGAUUGCUUUUUUAAAGCAUGGUAUGUUAACACCCCUUCCAAUGCUGAAAAUGUAAAGUUGUAUUGGUUGGCCUCCUGCAGUGUAAUAUUAAAUAAGUGGACUUCA